AUGCACACAGCAGAAUUUUUAGACACUGAACCAACAGAAAUCUCAUCCGUUCUAGCAGGAGGUUACAAUCACCCACUAUUGAGACAGUGGCAAAGUGAGCGUCAACUGACCAAGGGCAUGUUGAUUUUCCCACUAUUCAUCUCUGAUAAUCCAGAUGACUGCACGGAGAUUGACUCUUUGCCCAAUAUUAAGAGAAUCGGUGUCAAUAGACUAAAUGACUACUUGGGGCCACUAGUGAAGAAGGGUUUACGGUCCGUGAUCUUGUUUGGUGUGCCUCUGAGCCAUGGUACUAAAGAUCCAGUGGGUACUGCAGCUGACGAUCCAGAGGGGCCAGUCAUCCAAGGUAUCAAAUUUAUUUGUGAAAACUUCCCAGACUUGUACAUUAUUUGCGAUGUAUGUCUUUGUGAAUACACUUCCCAUGGUCAUUGUGGGGUUUUGUACGAUGACGGCUCCAUAAAUAGAGAACGCAGUGUCUCUAGACUGGCUGCUGUAGCCGUUAACUAUGCUAAAGCCGGUGCACAUUGUGUGGCGCCAAGCGAUAUGAUCGACGGCAGAAUAAGAGAUAUCAAGAGAGGUUUGAUUAACGCCGGUUUGGCCCAUAAGACCUUUGUUAUGUCUUACGCUGCCAAGUUCAGUGGUAACUUAUACGGACCUUUCCGUGAUGCUGCUUGUUCUGCUCCUUCUAGUGGUGAUAGGAAAUGUUACCAAUUACCUCCUGCUGGGCGCGGUCUAGCACGUAGAGCUUUGGAAAGGGACAUGAACGAAGGUGCUGAUGGUAUUAUUGUCAAACCUUCCACAUUCUAUCUGGAUAUCAUGAGAGAUGCAAGUGAAAUCUGUAAGGACUUACCAAUCUGUGCCUACCACGUCUCAGGCGAAUACGCAAUGCUGCAUGCUGCUGCCGAAAAGGGCGUUGUUGAUUUAAAAACAAUCGCUUUCGAAUCUCAUCAAGGUUUCUUAAGAGCAGGUGCCAGAUUAAUCAUUACCUAUCUGGCUCCUGAAUUCCUUGAUUGGUUAGACGAGGAAAACUAA